UGAAAGGAAUUCAGGAUGGGAGGGGGGGGGGCGGGGGGUGUCUGGGGACUUCAGGGGAGAUCCUGGCCGGCCCGGCUUCCCUCUCUGCUCGCAGCAUCUGACACCGUGCCUGGCACCAAUUGGUACUUGAAGAACGACUCGUUGGUUCAGGCCGCGCCUGCGCCGAGCCUUCCCUUCGCUCUUCCCGCCCUCCCCCCGCCCCUCUCUGUCUUCUGUGCACUGGGAGCAGAGGCAGCAGGCCCAAGAGAGUCGUGUGGGGCAGCCUGGGAUAGUCUUCACCGGCCAGCUUUCCUGUCAAGGGUCUACCAAGAGUCCCCUGGCCCUGCUCUCAAGAGGAAAAGAAGGUUUAAGGAAGGGAAUGGCUCUCCUGCCGCAGCCCCUCAUCCCCUGAAAAUGUAUACCUGUGCAAAGUUCGUCUCCUCCCCCUUCUUGGUCAGGAGCACCUCUCAGCUGUUGAGCCGAUCACUGUCUGCAGUGGCACUAAAACCACCAGAGACACUGACAGAUGAGGUACCUUAUAAGAGCCUCAGCAGCUGGGCAGCCCCACGUCCCCUGACCUCACUUAUUCCUAGCCGCGGUUUCCAAACCAGCGCUGCUUCAAGGGACAUCGACACAGCAGCCAAGUUCAUUGGGGCUGGGGCUGCCACAGUUGGGGUGGCUGGUUCUGGGGCUGGAAUUGGGACUGUGUUUGGGAGCCUCAUCAUUGGUUAUGCCAGGGAAAGAGCGCACGUGCGCAGGAAAGGGGCAGAGAGAGAGGGAGACAGGAUCUGAAGUGGGCUCUGUGCUGACAGCGGAGAGACAGAUGCAGGGCUCAAACCCACCAACUGUGAGAUCAUGACCUGAGCUGAAGUCGGAUGCUUAACCCACUGAGCCACCCAGGUGCCCCAAAAUUAGAUUUUAAAACUUCUUUUUGGCACGCAAGAUCUUAUAAAUUGUCUCUAUCUCUGCUCUUUCUUGGUUACUAAUUUACCAGGAGUAACUUAACAGUAGGAUUCUCUGCCAGUGCUAAAAUUAGACUCCACCACUCUGGGGCUUCCUUUCCUCCUCCUCGCUUUGUUUUAGGGCUUGAGGGAAACAUGUACCGUUGGAAUUAAACUAAAGACUAAAGAAAAACUUUUCCCCUUAGAAAACACUAUUUUCAUCCUACCCACAUUAUCAUCCUUUUAAAGAAGGAAGCCAGCUCUGCCCUGGAUUUUGAUUAUUUGAUUCAGUUGUACAGAUGGACUCGGGAAAGCCUAGGAAUCCUUUGGGAAUAAGAGAGGAAUAAACAGAAUUGGAAUGGAGACAAAUUAGUCUCCCGGUCUCUCCAGCCAGCUUUCCUUUCCCAGCCAGAUAAGCUUUCUGCCAUGAAAACUUCGAGGUUCCCUGUCACAUCACAAAAGGGCCUAGAGUUACUGCUAAGUGUGCUGACAUCCUGUCUGAGGGUGGGAGGUUCAGGUAUUGGGCACUUUUCCUGACCAGAUCUGGGGAAAAGAAACAGGCGAGAAGGGAGUCAAUCUUUUCCAGCUGCAACCUAGAGAGAGAAAAGGAACAAAUUCUUCACCAGGGAAGAUUGUGUAAACAGUGCCUUUGGCUGGAGCCAUAGAGUUGGGGAAGCAAAGAAAGGGAUCUUUGUUCUCCCCUACCCCAGCCAGAGCACAAUCGUAGAGCUGGGAUUGUUUGCUUUGGCAAGGGACUCCCUGCUUGAAAGGACUAGGCGUUCCAGAGACUGGUGAGGCCUCUGUUGGGUUUCCCUUAUGGAGCUGAGGAGAGGACAAUCCCUGGCCUAAAUUUUUUACCUAAGGAAGUGAGCUGGGAAGCCUGGAGGCCUAAGGUAUCUCGCCCAUUCUUUAGCUUUGUUCACCUCCUUCCCUUUCCAACUUGACCCCACCACAGGAUGUUAGUUAGCCUCAAUCUUCCUGCCUUUGAGGAUGCUUGUGGUUCUUGUACUAGUGUUCUAUCCCACAGACAGCAAGACAAUCCCAGCACUCCUUUCUAACAAAUCAAACAGUAAAAAGGGAUUCCCAGAUUAUCUUAUUCAUUCUGUUACUCUUUUUUUUAAGUUUAUUUUUUAUUUAUUUUGAGAGAGAGUGGGAGGGAGGGGCAGAGAGAGAGGAAGAGAGGAUCCCAAGCAGGCUCCACACUAUCAGUUCGGAGCCCGAAGUGGGGCUCAAACUCAGGAAUCAUGAGAUAAUGACCUGGGCCGAAAAUCUAGAGUCAGAUGCUUAACCGACUGAGCUAUCCAGGUGCCGCUUUAUCCUGUUACUUUUUGAUUGUGUUGCACAUGAUGCUGAUAGUUGUGGGCAAUCCAAAAAUCUGCAGAAAUGUCCCAUUUUCUUUGGGUAGCAUUAAUGUCUCACAAAUGUAAAAUACUAUUUAUGUAUUGCCUGCUUAUGCCAAGUGUUUUACAAAUGCCAUUUCUUUUAAUCUUCAUGACCACCUAUUAGGUAGAUACAAUUACCCCAUUUUACAGAUUGGGACACUAGGGAUUAGCAAAAUAGAAUAAUUUGUCCAUGGUGCAUUAGUUUGCUAGGGCUACCAGAACAAAGUACCACAAACUGAGUGGCUUAACAGAAAUUUAUUAUCUCACAAUUCUGAAGGCUGAAAGUCCAAGAUCAAUGUGUCAAUGGAGUUGGUUUCUUCUGAAGACUGUGAAACAGAAUCUGUUCCAUGCCUCUCCGUUAGCUUCCAGUGGUUUGUUGGUAAUCUGUAGCAUUCCUUGACCCCUAGAUCUGUGCCUUCGUGUUCAAAUGGCAUUAUCUCUGCAUGCAUGUCUAUGACCAAAUUUUCCCUUUUUAUAAGGAUACCAAUUGUUGGAUUAGGGCCUUAUCCUCCUCCAGUAUGACCUUAUCUUUAAAAAAAAAAAUUUUUUUUAACGUUUAUUUAUUUUUGAGACAGAGAGAGACAAAGCAUGAAUGGGGGAGGGCCAGAGAGAGGGAGACACAGAAUCUGAAACAGGCUCCAGGCUCUGAGCUGUCAGCAUAGAGCCCGACCCGGGGCUCGAACUCACGGACCGCAAGAUCAUGACCUGAGCCGAAGUCAGCCGCUUAACCGACUGAGCCACCCAGGUGCCCCUGUAUGACUUUAUCUUAACUGAUUACAACUGCAAUGACUAUUUCCAAAUGAGGUCACAUCUGAGGUACGAGGGUUAGGACUUCAACAUAUGAAUUGGAGAUGGAGGGGAGACACGAUUCAACUUGUAAUAGAUGGAAAUUUGCUAUGUCAAGAUUUUAAUUGGGGGUGGGGGUGCCUAUGUGGCUCAGUUGGUUAAGUGUCUGGCUCUUGGUUUCAGCUCAGGUCAUGAUUUCAUGGUUUGUGAGACCAAACCCUACAUUGGGCUCUGUGCUGACAUCACACAGCCUGCUUGUGAUUCUCUCUCUCUCUCUCUCUCUCUCUCUCUCUCUCUCUGCUCCUCCUCCAUUCACUCACCCUUUCUCUCUCUCUAUCUCUCUGUCACAAAAUAAAUAAACUUGAAUAUUAAAAAGAUUUCAAUUUGGGUCUGACUCCAAAGCCAUUUGUUCUUCCUACUAUACUUUGCUGCCUCCUUAAAAUAAGAAAGUUAUUAAAAAUGUCUCCUAGUUUCCAAUGUCUCUCAUCUUCAAGCCAAACUCUUUGUUGCAGCUGCUAGUUACCUUUCUAAAAUGUGAAUUUGAUUAGUCACUCUCCUACUUAAAUCUUUGAGUGGUGGGGCGCCUGGGUGGCUCAGUCAGCUAAGCAUCCAACUUUGGCUCAGGUCAUGAUCUCAUGGUUUGUGAGUUCGAGCCCCAUGUCGGGCUCUGUGCUGACACCUCAGAGCCUGGAGCCUGCUUCGGAUUCUGUGUCUCCCUCUCUCACUCUCUCUCUGCCCCUCCCCCACUCACACUCUGUCUCUGUCUCAAAAAUAAAUGAACAUUUUUAAAAAAUCUUUUUUUCGAGUGGCUUCCAGUGGCUAGCUGCAUAAAGUCCAGAUACUUUAUGGUGGUAAACAGGGUCUUUUUUCUAUGCCUGUGUUUUCAGCUUCCUUUCUCAUCACUCUCUCCUCCCAUCCAGUCACCAUAAACUCCAACCAUACUGACCUAUUUGCAAUUUGCAGCAAACACAUUAUGCUUAUACACUCCUUCAGGACUGGCUUUCAUCCAUCACUUCUCCCAGUUUAUUCCUCUUAUAGUUAUUCUCAUUUCAGCUGUUCAAACCAAAAGACCCUAGACUCAUCUUUGAUUCCUCUCUACUUCCUUGACUCUAUGCAUCUAUCUCCACUGUCACCACCCUAGUCUAAACCACCAUCAUCUCACAUAUACUACUGCAAUAGCCUCCUAACUGGUAUGUCUGCCUCCGUUCUUGACCACUCCAUAGUAGAGUGACACUUAAAGUGAAGUUGUGAUUGUUAUUCUGAAAAGAACUACCAAUGCCUUACCAUUGAACUUGGACUCAAAUCUGAAGUACUCACAAUGCCUCUAAGUCUACAAGAUCUCUGCUCUCUACCCACUUCACCAACUUCACCUGAGAUUACUCCCCCAUCUCACAGUAUGUUAGCUAUCUAUAAUUGUGUAACAGUUAUACCCCAGGCUUAGUGGCUUGAAACAACAAAUAUUUAUUAUCCCACAGUUUCUUUGGCUCAGGGAUUUGGGACUGGCUUAGCUAGUUGGUUUCGCCUCAGGACUUCUGUUGAGGUUGCAGACAAGAUGUCGGCCAGAGCAACAGCCCCAGUUAAUUCAAGGAUUGGGACUCGAGGAUCAGAUUCCAAGGUAUCUCAUUCACAUGUUGGCAAGAGGUUUCAGUUCCUUAUCACGUGGGCUUCUCCAUAAGGGUGGUGGGUGUCCUCACAAUACCUGGCUUCCCUUCUAGUGAGUUUUCCAAGAGAGAAGUAGGAGAAAGCUACAAUGCCUUUUAUGGCCUAUAAUUCAGGUUUAUUGAGGAAUAAUUUAUGUACAAUAAAAUUCACCAUUUUAAAAUGUAUAAUGUGUUGACUUUGGGCAGAUGUAUAACAUAAUGUAACCAUCACAAUUGAGAUAUAGGACAUUUCUAUCACCCCAGCAAGUUCUUGUGUGUCUUUAUAGUCUGUCUCCCCCCACCACCACCACCUUUACCACAGCCUCUCGCAACCACUCAUUUGAUUCCUGUCUCUGUACUUUUGAUUUUUCCAGAUUGUCAUGAAAUGGCAUAAUACAGAAUGUAGGGUUUGUGUCUGGCUCCUUUCACUUCAUGUGAUGCUUUUGAGAUUCUUCUGUUGCCUGUAUUAUUCCUUUUUAUUGCUGAGUAGUAUUUCAUUGUAUAGAUGUGCUAUAAUUUCUAUAUCAGUUCACCAGUUGAUAGACAUUUAAGUAGUUCCCAGUUUGGAGCUAUUUAUAAUAAAGCUGUCCUAAGCAUUCA